CCAAUCCACUGUGCACUGCAUUACCCACCCCACGCGAUCCAGCCUUCUCGCCGCGUUCAACCCAACACCUUCUUCUCCAGCAAACAGAUCCUCCGAUACCCGCUAGUAACGCGCUUUCUCACAAAUCCCGCCCGCUAUGGCUGACGCGCCAAGCCCAAGUGAUGAACUGUACCCCAUCGCCGUGCUAAUCGAUGAAUUGAAGCACGACGAUGUCCUGCUGCGCCUCAACGCGAUCCAUCGACUCUCCACCAUUGCCCUCGCCCUGGGCCCCGAGCGCACUCGCGAGGAGCUGAUUCCCUUCCUCGACGAAUCGGUUGAGGAUGAAGACGAAGUCCUCGUCGCCUUGAGCGAAGAGCUAGGCGGUUUCAUCGAGUAUGUCGGCGGGCCGGCGUGGGGUCAUGUUCUCCUGUCCCCCCUCGAGAACCUGGCUGCUAUCGAGGAGCCAGUCGUGAGAGACAAGGCCGUCGAAUCCUUGAACAAGAUCUGCGAGGAGCUGUCGUCCCAGCAAGUCGAAGAAUACUUCAUUCCCCUCACGAUUCACCUCUCAAAGGCCGACUGGUUUACCUCCAAGGUGUCGGGGUGCGGCCUCUACACCGCCCCCUACAAGAAGGUUUCCCCGCCCAUCCAGGAGCAGCUCCGACAGCAAUUUGGCCUGCUCGUCCGCGACGAGACCCCCAUGGUGCGCCGACAAGCCGCGACCAACCUCGCCAAGUUUGUGAAGGAGAUGCCCGCUGCCAUAGUUGUUGAGGAGAUGAUACCCAUGUUCCAGCACCUUGCCCAAGACGACCAGGAUAGCGUCCGGCUGCUUACGGUCGAGGUCCUGAUUUCCGUCGCCGAGGUUGUUCCAAAGGAGCAGCAAUCGAGCCAUGGUGUUCUUCUUACGUCGUUGAGGAGUCUCAUUGAGGAUAAGAGCUGGAGAGUCCGAUAUAUGAUUGCUGAUCGGUUCGAGAAGAUCGCCAAGGCGGUGGAUGAAGAGGUCGUGUCGAGAGACCUUGUGCCGGCAUUCGUCAAGUUGCUCAAGGAUAACGAGGCCGAAGUGCGGACAGCCAUUGCCGGCCAGAUUCCGGGAUUCUGUAGCUUGGUCGAGCAGCCCACGCUCCUUAAUGAGAUAAUGGGUAGCAUCGAGGAUCUCGUAUCCGACCCCUCACAGCACGUCAGGGCGGCGUUGGGAACCCAGAUUAGCGGACUGGCUCCUAUCUUGGGCAAGCAGGAGACGAUUGACCACCUCCUUCCCAUGUUCCUCCAGAUGCUGAAGGACGAAUUCCCUGAGGUUAGGCUCCACAUCAUCUCGAAGCUCGAGCUGGUGAACAAGGUCAUUGGGAUCGAUCUCCUUUCGCAGUCACUCCUCCCGGCCAUCGUCCAGCUGGCCGAGGACAAGCAAUGGCGAGUCCGGCUCGCUAUCAUCGAAUACAUACCGCUCCUUGCUAGCCAACUCGGGGUCAAGUUCUUCGACGAGAAACUUAGCCAGCUCUGCAUGGGCUGGCUAGGAGACACCGUCUUCUCGAUCCGCGAGGCGGCAACGCACAACCUUAAGAAGCUAACCGAGGUUUUCGGAGUCGAGUGGGCUAGCGAGGCCAUUAUCCCCAAGGUUAUGGCCAUGGGAGGUCACCCCAAUUACCUGUACAGAAUGACAACUUGCUUUGCCAUCACCACCCUGGCGAGCGUGUUGAGCAUGGAGGUGAUCGCCAAGUCGAUCCUGCCAAUGCUGGAGAAGCUCGUUGCCGACGACAUCCCCAACAUCCGGUUCAACGUGGCAAAAACGUAUGCGGUCUUGAUCGGCGUGCUGCGGCGCCUCCCGGACCAGGGCACCGUGUACUCCCUAGAGAAGGCGGGCGCUCCGUUCAGCGCGUCGCCGAGGGGCCAGCAGCUCAUCGAGGAGCGCAUCAUGCCGAGCCUGGAGAAGCUGCAGAAGGACGACGACGUGGAUGUGCGGUAUUUCGCGACCACCGCUGCGGCGGUGGCCACGGGCCCGCUGCCUGGUGGAGAGCCUAUGAACACUUCACCGUAGACGGUUAUGAGAGAGAGAGAGAGUGAGAGAGAAGGGAGGGGUUGGGAGACAGAGAGACGUAAUGAAGCAAUUCUCAGUUCCCGUGCCCUUUUCUUCCCUGCGCCUCGGCUGCCUUGAUCUGCAUUUUUCGAGGUGCUCCCUUCUGCGACCCCCUUCCUAGAGUUGUCGAUCGAGGCAGUGUCCUUCUCCGCCCCCCUGGUUCCGUCCGAGAUGAGCGUCAUCUCCAAUAAAUCCCCGCGGGCACACGUCGAUGGGGGUUACGGUUACAUAUAUGCUUAAGAGGCGUGG